CGCCUCAAGACCGGGCCAUCUCAUUAGUUCCUCCGCGUGACCAGCUUUAUUACUGAUGUAUUUCAGGAAUGGUUGGCUACCAGGACAUCCCGCCGCGGAUGCUUCCACCAUUAACCCUUCCUACCACGUAUCUCUCCUGCGAGAAGGCUGCGCUAUGUCGAGCCUACCAACAACACACACAUUCCACCAGCUACCACCUCUCUCGAGGCACCAGCAUCCAGCCACUACCUUUCCCGGCCCAGAACAUGUCUCCGGCGCUCCAGUUGCUCUCCGGUCGCUCGUCAAUCUCUCAGACAGCUUGCCUGCAAUUGAACUCCCGGCGAUCGGGCACUCCCAAGCCCUGGACAAUAAAACCCCGCUCGUUUCUCAGGGUAACCGAUCCAAUCGGAAGAAGGAGCGGCCCACGCCCAAGGGGCCAAGGGGCCGCUUUGGUUGCCGGACGUGUCGCCAGAGACAUAUCAAGUGCGACGAGACCCGCUCCGUGUGCGACAACUGCACCAAGGCCAAGCGCAAUUGUCUCUGGAACCACGAAAUCCGUCUCAUUCACGAUCUUCGCUCCUCAUCCAGCUCGGUCGCCCAUCCCAGGACGGCGUCCUUGGCCAGCCGCGCCUCCGCCGAAGACAGCCAGCCUGCAGGCAACGUCUCCGAGGAUCGCCGAUGGCGCUUGAGGUUGAACAUCCCCCUCAUCCCAGAAGACGUGUUGCGGGAUGCACCUCGAGAUGGCUCCGGAACUUACGUCGCAAACCUGUCGCAUUGCGAAUGGAUUCCGGACCAGAUCUUGAAGUUUCCGCUCGAGGCGUGCUUCUUCCGCUUCUACAUCGAACACGCUGGUUCGUGGCUUGACAUCACAUCGUCCUCUCAGCAUUUCGCCCGAACUGUUCCGCACUUGGCCGUCUCCAAUCCCGUUCUCCUGUUUGCCUGCCUCUCCUACUCGGCCAGAUCGCUGGUGCCCAACAGCACGUUGAGCGAGCAAUACAUGAGCGCCUGCAUCAAUCUCCUGAUCCCGCUGCUCUCAGACGAGGUUUUUGUGAGCACCGAUGAGACGCUCCUCGCUACUCUGGUCAUUCUGAGGCACGUCGAGCAGUACGCCGAAGCCCCGGAUGACAAAGGCGCUCACCUGUCCGGCGCCUUUAGCCUGAUCGCGUCUCAGCGCUUCUUGCCUCGCCACAAUUCGCUGCCAGGUGCAGCGCUGUGGAUAUAUAUGAGGCAAGACAUUCGCCAGGCACUACUCAAUAGAGCUCCUCCGAAGCUUAAGCCAGGCCACGGCGUUCGGGUGGAGAACUUCGACGACGCUGUCGGCGAGAGUAGUUGGGCUGAUCGAGCAUGCUACCUCGCCGCCCUGGCAUGUACCUUUGCCUGGGGCAGUGCGGAUGAGGAGAUCGAUCCCAAAUAUCUGAACCAUCUGCUGCAGUCGUGGGAGACAAACCUACCGAAAGAAUAUAUGCCAUAUCAUGUAUCAGGAGACUCAAUUCAGUAUUUGGCUAGGUGGCAUGGGGUCGCGUGGCAAUUCUAUCAUCUAGCGCGCAUACUCAUGAAGAUACAUAAUACGGAACGGCCAAAAGAUAUGGACUUGUUUCUGUUCAAUGAGCAGAUUGAGGCUGAGAUAACUGGACAUGCCCGCAUUAUUUGCAACAUUGCGUACUCAAGCAAUGAUAUAGGGUGCCUUUUUAACUCCUCGGCCAUACUAGGGUUUGUCGGCAGCUAUUUACGGAACGAGCGUGACCAGAGUCAACUCAUUGACUUGAUGAUCAGCAUCACUCGAGAAACUAAUUGGCCAACGCAAACCGACCAGGAGAGACUACUGAAUAUUUGGCGAACAAGGGAUAAUCGACAAUGAAAGUGCCUUCCUUACAGUCUGUUGAUGAUUGGUUGCGUUAGCUGGAUAUGGCUACACUGUCGCCAGGAAAGGCAUCACGACGGGAUUGUGGAAGCAGGUCUCCCGCGAAGUAUAGAUGAACCAAAUUUUGCAGAGAGCUCAAUGUUUUACUUGCCAAUCUUCCUCGGCACAAUAAGUUAGGAGGAAUUCUUUCCUUUAUGAUGCUGGAGAGAUUCGCCUCAUAUUAAUUAUAGGCUACCGGGGGAGGGGACACAGCAACGAUGUCGCUGAUCUUCUGGCUUCGCUGGGAGAUUUAGGCAUUAAGGAAG